UUACACACGUAUAUUAAAAAUAGAAGUAAUAAAAAUAAGAAAAACAAAUGAAGAGUAAGAAAACACUUGUUGCGUAGUGAAUGUUAAAAAUAACAGAAAAAAGGGUUUAUUUUUCACUCAUUUCUAUGAAAACAGCUAGCAACCUCUCUAAUACGACAUUGCAAAUAUUAAGAGAGCCACUCAAAGAAAUUGGAAAAAAAUAUUUAACAACAAAUUAAUGAUUAGUUGUUGUAAUAUUCUAAAUUUAAUUAACCUGAAUUUUGGUUUGGUGAUUCAAGUGCUGCGGUUGCUAUUUCCUAUGGUUACAAAGUAAAAAAAAAGAGUAGGCUCCGUUUAGUUAUUGUAGUUUAUUGAAAUUUCUAUCAAUGAAAUGUCGUUUGAAUUUAAAAAAUUUUCAGUUUGAAAUUGAAAAAGGAAGCUUUCGCAGGCAUUUUUAAACAGAACAUUUGUUUUUGUUUUUCGUACGAAUUGUUUCGUUUCUUGUUGCGCUCUUGUCUAACAAACAAAGAAGCCGCGCCGCGUCGGUGAUGCAAGCAUAGCAAAAAUUUUGAAAAAAAAUUUUUAUUUUUUGACAAGAACUACUCCAAGCCAAAAAAAUAAUACAAAAGAGAAGAACGUUUCGCAGUCCUUCAAGUAGGAAAGAAAAAAAACGUGAAGAAAAAAGCUUUUUUUAGGAAUUAUAAAUACACUCAGCGAUAUAAGAGAUAGAGAUACACAGUGUAUAAAAAAAAUGGUCGCUUCAAUAGCACAACAAAACUGUGUUUUGUCUUCAACAAUGAACGGCACAACAACGGCUAUUAACGGACUGGCAAACAAUAAUACCACUUUACCGGUGGGUAGAUAUAUAUUGGUGGGCGUGGAUGUUGAUACCACAGGACGUCGUUUAAUAGAUGAAAUUGUUCAAUUAGCUGCUUACACGCCAAAGGACCAUUUUGAACAAUACAUAAUGCCGUAUAUGAAUUUAAAUCCAGCUGCACGUCAGCGUCAUCAAGUGCGCGUGAUCUCAAUCGGAUUUUAUCGUAUGCUCAAAUCAACGCAGACCUACAAGAUAAUCAAAUCAAAAUCUGAAAUCGCUGCUCUUAAAGAUUUUCUCGAUUGGCUCGAAACUCUUAAAUCUAGAGAUGUUAACUCGCAGGGUAUUAUAUUAUUAUAUCAUGAAGAUCGAAAAUUCAUUCCAUAUAUGAUUUUGGAAUCGCUUAAAAAAUAUAACCUGCUGGACAGGUUCCUGCACACUGUCAAAUCUUUUGCCAAUGGUCUAAAUUUGGCUAAAGCUAGUGCCAACGAUUCACCGCAGCAUUAUACGUUGCGUAAAUUAUCGAAAAUUUUGAAAACAGGCAGCAGCGGCAACAACAAAAACAAUGAAAUGAAUGACAAUAAUGCGAAUAUAGAAAAUUCCAAUAACGCAAGUGAUAUAAACCAACAUCAAAAGAACAAGUCAAACGGUAAUAAUAACAACAACAAUAAUAACAAUGAUCGAGAAUUAUUUGAAGGUAAUGCCAGUGUACGCGCCAAGCUGGCCUAUGAGGUCGCUUUACAUUUGAGCAAUCAGGAUGGCAAAGAAUCACUAGAUUCUUCAAUUGCUGUCGAUAAAAUGCUCAACGCUUUGCACACUUAUGCUAAGCCAAUUGAAUGUGAUUUAAAUGAAUUGCAAACGCAAAACGAAAAUCUGGAACGCCAAAAUUCAUUCCGUCCGGUAUUUUUGAAUUAUUUCAAAACUACCAUAUAUCACCGUGUACGUGCUGUUAAAUUUCGUAUCAUUUUGGCUGAGCAUGGUUACGAUUUGACCACCUUAAAUUCUAUAUGGUCCGAUAAAAAGCGUGACGGUCUCGUCGAAGUUUUGCAGGCGAUCGAUGAAUUGAAAGUCAAUGAUAAAACUGAAUUGGCCGAUCUAUUUGAUAGUUAUUUUGAUCCAAAUAAAACUACCAUUAAGCCGAUUGUUAAAAAUAAUAAUCGUCGCCGUAAUAGACGUGGGGAUAUGAAAUUUUUAGUUCGCAAUAACGUACGCAACGGAGGCAAUACUCCACGUAAUGGUACCCUUGGUUCGACCACCGAGCAAGGUGCUGGCGGUGACAAACCGGCCGCAAACACUUCCGCAAAUGUGCCAGACUCUACUACAAAAUCGCCAAAACCUCAUCGCGGUAAACGCAAUUCACGUUUGCGCAACAACUUGAAGACACCAAUGGCCUCGGAGGCGCCCAUUACUAAUCAAGCGACUACUCACAAUAACCCAGUCGCAAUAUCCGCCUCCAUUUAGAGAGCAACGAAAUUUAGAGCAACACGUAAAAGAGAAAGACGAGAACUACCAUUAGCCUAUUAUAUAAUAACAUAUCAUUCGGAUUAUUUGAACAAACCCUUAAUUGCUGCAACAAACAAACAAACAUUCAAUAACAGAAACAACGAUGAAAACAAAGAAAAUCUUCAAAAACCUUCGGGAGGGAGAAAUUCUGAGCCUCGAAAAUGUGUAAAAAAAUUAUUUUCAACAAUCGAUUAAUCGGAGUUCAGAAUUUGAGUUCUUUAAUUUUUGAAGAUUGGUAUGCAAAAAACUAUAUCAAAACUUACGUUUAAAAUCGAAAAUUUUAUUUAAAUUCAAAUCCGAGCUAUGAGAUAUGAACUAUAUAUGGUAUGAUAACAGAAUGAAUGAAAAAAAAAACCAAUCAAACCAGCAAAUUCAAAUCAAUGAAAUACGUGUGCAAGGCAAAGCCCUAAAACAUCAAAUAGAAACAAAUGAUAAUACCAUCAUAACCCCUUAUUCCUCUACUUAACUACCGUGAAGAAAUUCAAGAAAUUUUCGUGCGCAUGCUACUUAACCACAGAAGGCAAACAAAAUUUUUGUUUAGAAACAAAAUCAAGAAGAAAUGAAGAAAACAACCUCGAAUAAUGAUCAAGUAAA